AUGCAAGAUACAGAGAAUUCCGCUGCCAAGAGUCGGAAAAGUGGUAAUCGACAUGCUGGCAAAAGCGAUGAUUUGAACACUACAAGUCGAAACAAAGGACAUCGAAACCGCAGGAGAAAGCCCAAUGCUGACAGUCAGCAUGAUGAUGCUGGCAAGAAGCGUGUCAAUCAACCAGUCGGCGGCCAAGGAAUCAAUGCAUCCAACCGAGAUUCGCCUGGUAAUGCGAUGGCUGGUGAUGAGCGAUCAUCACAAAACCAUGCAUCAACUGGCCCGUCUUUCAGAAAGCAGCGCUACCGUCCAACCAUGGCUAAUGUUCCUCAUAUCAGUAGCAGUUUUGUCAAGUCAUCUCAUGAUGUUGCUACUCAAGACCAUAUUCUGGUCACUUCUCAGCAGGAAUCUUCAGUACAUCCUACACACGAAGCAAACGCGGCAUCUUUGGCCACAAAGGUGGACAAUGUGCGCAAGCCACUGCUCUUUCUUUUUGACUGUUUUAUCAAUCCAGCUGCUUGUCAAACAUCCAAUGUUGUUGAUGAUCAAAAAUCCCAAAAUAAGCAUCCCAAACCAGAUUAUCCUGCAUCGGCCAACACUCGCUCUGAUAGCAAGACUCAAUGUAACCGAAUCGAUUUUCAACAGCAAUCAUCUAUUAAAGAAAUACCGCACAAGAAAGGGUCAUCAGAUGCUUUCUCUAAAAAAUCCAAAAAGCCUGCUAAACAGAUCUUUCAAGAAUACUUGAGCCUAGAUCAGAUUAAAGAAGGAAUUGAAAACGGUAGUAUAUUUCAGGGUGUACUGCGAAUUAACAAAGCCAAUCGAAACGAUGGCUAUGUAACCAUUAACGGAUCUAGUGAUACAGACGUUUAUAUCCCUGGAGCAACUCUUAUCAACCGGGCUUUUUCAAAUGAUGUUGUAGCCUUUACAAAAUUGUCUGGAGAUGAGCUUAAAAAGGCGAUGGCAUCACACAAAAUCAAGGCAGAAACAAAAAUGAUGGAAAGCUACGAGCGCCAAAAAAAGUGCAAUUUGUUUAAAACUGAGGAUGUUGUGCAGGAGCAUGUCGAAAGUCGUAUUUACGGAAAAGUAGUAGGAAUUAUUUCCUGUAAAACGGCAAACCGCAUAUUUGUUGGAACUCUGCAUUUAGAUCGACCUCUUAGCAAGAGCCCUAGUAUAGAUAAGAACAGAUCUAGCCGAUGGAUCUGGUUUAUGCCAAGUGAUAAAAGCAUUCCAUUCAUGAUCAUUUCUAAAGAGCUUGCUCCAAAAGAGUUUUUAGCCGAUCCGGAAUCUUUUGCAAAUAUACUUGUUACUGCUACUUUAAAAAGUUGGAGUACUACCGACGCACUGCCUCAUGCUGAUUAUAAUGGAUUAUUAGGCCAGAUGGGCGAGCUUCAUGUAGAAUCUAAAGCACUGCUCCAAGCAGCAGGGGUUGUCUGGGAUGACUUUUCUGAUUCAGUAUUGGACUGUCUACCUUCAUUGCCUUGGUCAAUCCCAGAGGAGGAGAUAGCCAAAAGAUGGGAUUUACGCAAGACCAGAAUCUUUUCUAUUGACCCAGAGACUGCCAAAGAUUUAGAUGAUGCGGUUUCAUGUAGAGCACUGCCUGAUGGUAGAUUUGAAGUUGGGGUGCAUAUUGCAGAUGUAUCUUAUUUUGUGCAUCAAAAAACAGCACUGGAUGAUGAAGCAUUAUAUAGAGCCACCACGGUGUAUUUGGUGCAACGUGCAAUUCCUAUGCUUCCUCGCUUGCUGUGUGAGGAACUGUGUAGUUUAAACCCAGAUGUAGAUCGACUGGCGUUUUCCGUGUUUUGGAUAUUUGAUGCUCAGGGAACUAUCAUUGGCCAGCCCAGAUUUGGACGAAGUGUUAUUCGUUCCUGUGCCAAGCUAAGCUAUGAGCAUGCACAGGCAGUAAUUGAUGGAAAGCCCUUUGCUAAACAUGUUGAGAUUUCUGCGCAAGUCACUUUGGAGGAUAUUUCGACUGAUAUUCUCCAGUUGUAUAAAUUCAGUAAAAUUAUGCGUAAAAAACGAUAUGACGACGGAGCACUUUCAAUUCACUCGAUUAAGCUUUGGUUUAGUCUUGAUCAUUUAGGAAAUCCUGUAGAAAGUGGAAUGUAUGAGUUGAAGGACAGCAAUCGCCUUAUUGAAGAGUACAUGCUACUUGCAAACAUGGCGGUUGCUCAGAAAAUUCACGAGCAUUUCCCAAGCGAGUCUUUACUUCGUAGACAUCCGAUUCCUGGCUGUUCUGCCAUGACCAAGUUUGUUGAAAAGAUGGCACGUAUUGGCAUUGUGAUUGAUGCGUCCUCGUCUGGAUCACUACAAGAAUCUUUUGAAGCCAUUGAAGAUCCGUUGCAUCGUAUGAUAACACGGAUGGUGGCUAUUCGAACCAUGAGGCGUGCAGUAUAUUAUUCAUCUGGCGACCCAUCUGUUGAGGAUUUUAAGCACUAUGCUCUUUGUGUACCUUUUUAUACCCACUUUACGUCACCCAUCCGUCGUUAUUGUGAUUUAGUAGUGCAUCGUCUUUUGAAUAGUGUUUUGGAAGGAAAUCUAGAAGCAUCGUCCCCGUAUACCAAUGCAACGAUAAUGGAUAUUGCAGAGCAAUGCAAUGAUCGAAAGGAUGCAUCACGAGAAGCUCAAACUGCAUCAUCCAAACUAUUCCUGUGGGCAUAUCUUAAAAAACUUGCAGCAGCAAAUAGGAUCGAGUCCAAGAAUGAAGGAUUUGCCGAGAUCAUUGCAGAGGCGUAUGUUCAGGAUGUUGGUACACGUUCGUAUGAUGUAUUGGUACCUAGCUACGGUAUUGAUCAACGUGUCUGGAUAGAGGAUGCUGUCGAGACAGGAGAAAUUUUGGGUGUGGUAAGCGAUGAGGAGAAUGCACAGCUUCAAGUGUAUUGGAAACGAUGCGAUGACGAUGACGAGUCCAUUGAAGCAUUGACUCAAGGUUUGAAGACCCUGGAUAUGACAACGCAGCAUGAUUCUAUGCAAGACUUGAGGGAGUCGGAGAUAGCAUCACCAUUUGAUCCCAAAACCACCAAAAUCCAAGUGAUUCAGAUGUAUACGCGCGUGUUUGUCAAGAUCAUAGUAGACAUGUCCCAAAGAAUGUCAUUCAAGCUGUCUGCAAUAUAUCCUCAUCCCAAUCUUGGUGCUACAACUAUGCACAGGAAUGCAAUGGGCGAUCAUCUGGUGACUUCACUUCCGCAAGAAAUGGACGAUUGA